AUGGCGCGUAACGAAGAAAAGGCGCAGUCGAUGCUCUAUCGCUUCCGCGAAGCGCAAGCCGCCGAGCUAGGCUUUGGGACACGCAAGAAUGAGCGGCGGCCUCGGCUCGCAUCCAGCGUUAAGGAUCUCAAAGAGUGCGAACGAUGGCGUGGAGAGGUGCUGCGCGAAAUCAGCAGAAAGGUGUCCAAAAUUCAAGAUUUCGGAUUGACCGACUACGAGGUACGAGAUCUCAACGAUGAAAUCAAUAAGCUCCUUCGCGAAAAGAAUCAUUGGGAGAACCAGAUCAUCGCGUUAGGCGGUGCGAACUACAAGCGAGGCGUACCACGGAUGAUGGACGAUAGCGGCAAGGAAGUUCCUGGGAGUCGAGGGUACAAGUACUUUGGCCGCGCAAAAGACCUACCGGGCGUCAAAGAGCUGCUCGAAAGGUCGACUGAGACGGAAGAGCAGCGCGAGUCCUUCCGCGCGACCAAGUACCGGCGCUUCAUGGAUCAAUCGCCGGCUUACUACGGAGACGAGGAUGAACGGGAUGGGGUGCUUCUCGCCGAGGAAGCUGCUGAGGAACGGCGAGAUUGGUCCGAGCGGCUACGAAAAAAUCUACUCGAUCUAGGCUGCGAGGGGCAAGAGCUCGACAGUGCUGAGGGGGUGUGGCCGAUGCCGCGAGCUGAAGCGCAGGCGCCUGGUGCGCCGGUGGAUGACAAGGUGGGGAACAAACGGAAAGAGAGCAAACAGGUACAAGGUCGAGGGCCUAAAAGGGCCCGGAAGGAUGGAGUGGCAGGAGAUGAGAUGAAUUCCGAUACAGCCGAAGGCGAGGGUGCCGACGAGGACAACGAGCAGGUCGAUGUCCUCGUUUCCUCCUAUCUCUUUGCUCUUCCCGUGGCACAAUUACAAGCACCAAAAGUACCCGACCGUACAGAAAUAGAAACAUUCUUGCUACAGGCGCGCAAGCAGGCUCUCCGGUCAGAAUACAUCGGCUGA